CCGUCUAGCAGCAUGGUGUUCAAUGAAUAUCUAUAUGCGUAUUAAAUUCAGUUUUAAACCGGUUAAAACGAUAGGCUUUAUAACUUUAAUUUUCGGAUAGAAGAGUUCGGUUAGUUGAGAGCAGGAAAACGGUGCGGUAAUGGGUCUGACCAAGCAAUAUUUGGCCUACAAGCCGGCAUCUUGUUUCAAUAUUAUCGCUAGUGGGCGGGCUAACAUUUGUUUUGUGGCCCUGGGUGGCAUCGAUGGACGCUAUGUGGCCGUCGCGGGAGCUGAAAAGGUCAUGGUCUGGAACACCAGACUAGGAGAAAAGGUUCUGGAGUUGAUGCGAGACAAACAGGAAGUGACCUUCCUGAGGCCAAGUCCAGACGGGAAGCAUCUCGCCGUUGGCUAUGCGGAUGGUGUUGUGGAAGUGUUUAGCUUGGAAGAAAAGCAAUCGGUGUGCACCUUUGCGGCGCAUAGAUCAGCUGUGAGCUCGUUGAACUACGAUAUCAUCGGGCUGAAGCUGGUUUCUGGUGGUUUGGAUAACGAUCUGGUCGUAUCGGAUGUAGUCGCUCAGACGGGCAAGUGUCGAUUGGUUGGUCACAACGCGCCCAUCACUCAGGCUUUUUUUAUGCAAAAGUUCCACGAUGUGGUCGUUUCCAGCUCGAAGGACACGCAGAUAAAAUUUUGGAACAUCGAAACACAAAGCUGUUUCAAAACGAUUGUUGACCACCGAACUGAAGUUUGGGGCAUUGCACUGUUGAGGAAUGAUGAUUUUUUAGUGGCUGGAUCGGGAGAUUCACAGCUAACCGUUUACAAAAUUGCUGAAAAUAGUAACAAUGCUGUGCAAGAAAUGACCGGUGGCAUCGACGAUUUGUUGUUAGAAUCCGAAAGCAGCAGUCCGUUCCGCUGUACACAGAUCGGAAAUAUUCAACGUGCUGGUACCGGCCGAACUAUGAAUUUGGUGGUCGAAGGAAACGGUCAAAUAUUGGGAUGCCAUGGCACGGAUAAGAAUAUAGAGUUAUUCUAUUUUUUCAACGAAGACGAAGCAUUAGCACGAUUGACUAAGCGGCUGAAAAAAUUGGAUACCAAAGCCAAGAGCAAACAAAGUACUAAUGCUGCCGAACGUCAGCUUUCGCUAACUGACGAAAUUAAACGACUUCCUACAAUUGCUGUUCCGGAAAAGAUAAAAUCCUUCGACAUUCUACUGGGAUCUCGUGAUGAGCUGCGUAUCUGUGUAACCUACGUUAGAAAUUUCAUUCAACUUUUUAAUUUGAACGUGGCUGAGAAACAUGCAGAACCCAAGUCGUUACACGCGAUUCGUCAACAGGGUCAUUCUUCUGAAGUUCGUUGUGUGGCAUUCAGUUCCGACAAUCUUGCCAUCGCUUCGGGUAGUGGCGAAAGCCUUAAGCUGUGGAGUAGGACGUCGCAGUCCUGCUUAAGAACUAUCGAAACGGGAUACGUAGUGAGUUGCUGUUUCGUGCCCGGCGAUCGACACGUGCUUGUGGGUUUGAAAAGUGGAGAACUUUUGAUUGUAGACAUUGUUAUUGGAGAAGUUAUCGAAAGGAUCAAGGCUCAUGAGAAAGAGUUGUGGAGUGUUGUUCUGACCCCGGAUAUGCGAGGUUGUGUAACUGGCGGAGGAGAUACGACAGUCAAAUUUUGGAGUUUUGAACUGAUAGCUGACCCGAGCAGAGAAAAAGAAAGCGAAGUUAAGAUACUUUCAUUGUUGCAUAAAAACGUUCUUAAACUGGAAGAAACUGUAUUGUGUGUUCGUGUUUCAAGGAAUAGCAAGUAUAUUGCCGUAGCGUUGCUCGAUUCUACGGUUAAAAUAUUCUUCCUAGACACACUCAAGUUCUAUCUAUCACUGUAUGGCCAUAAACUACCUGUGUUGUGUAUGGACAUCUCCUACGAUUCCAACAUAAUCGUCACAGGUUCCUCCGAUCGAAGCAUUAAAAUAUGGGGCAUGGAUUUCGGAGAUUGUCAUCGAUCUUUGAUCGCCCACGACAAUUCUAUAACCGGAAUGCAAUUCAUCAACAAAACGCACAUGUUCUUUUCAUGUGCCAAAGAUGGUCGUCUGAAGCAAUGGGACGCCGAUAGUUUCGAGAAAAUCAUCACCCUUCCAGGACACGUUGGUGAAGCCCACAAUUUAGCUGUUAGUCCUAAUGGAAAGUUUGUCGUGACCUGUGGAUCCGAUCGAACGUUGCGCCUUUUUGAGAGAACAGACGAGCCCCUUGUUCUCCAAGAUGUGCAGGAGGAGGAACGCGAAGAGCUGGAGAACAUCACUCUGGCUACUGGUGACGAUUCAGCCGUUCCGGGGCUACCAGGUCUUAAACUUCCCUCCAAGAAAACCGUAGGUUCCGAGAAAGCUGCGGAAAAUAUUCUCGAAUGUUUGGAAGUCAGCAAACAGUUCGAAUCCGAAGACAACAAAAAUAUUCUCCCGCCCCUGAUGUACGCCUACGAAGCAACAAACACCGAUGAUUUUCUCCUUUCGGUCCUAACGCGCAUCCGAUCCAGCGACCUCGAGGAGUCGCUGCUUUUGUUACCAUUCUCUGCUGUUUGUGAAAUUUUGACCCGCAUCCCUAAGCUGGUCCAAACGCGCCAAGAUCAAACGGAAACCAUCUGCAAAGUGGUACUGUUCCUGUUUCGCAUCCAUCAGAAACCAAUCGUAGCCAAUCAGGUUCUGCUACCAACGAUCCAGCGAAUUAUUAACACACUCCAGUCGGCGAUUACCGAGCAGCGGGACAUGGUCGGUGUCAACUACCAUGCGAUGCAAAUGCUACAGCGGGAGGUGGAACUCAACCAGGGAAUGAAUUUGUUCCGAGACGCUACCAAAAUACGCAAACAAAAGGACAAGCGACGUCGACAGAAGGAGCUAUCCAAGCGGACGUUUGUACAGAUUAGUACCUAGAAGAGAGCGAGUUGAAGGCAAAUUGUUACUUCAUAGAAUAAAAAAAAUGAA